AUGAAGAGAAAAUACAAGCUUCCAAUGUUAGAACUACAGAAAUUUAAUGGAGAAAUAAAAAAUUGGCUCGGAUUUUGGGGACAGUUCCGUAAAAUACAUGAGGACAACACCAUCGAUGAUGAUGAUAAAUUUCAAUAUUUGGUUCAAGCAAUGGUUCCCGGGUCACCAGCAAAAGAACUGGUAGAUAGUUUUCCACCGUCAGGCCAAAAUUAUCAAAAAGCAAUUACUCAACUAAAAUCGAGAUUCGCAAGAGAUGAUCUGAUGGUCGAAAUCUAUAUUAGAGAAUUGUUAAGAUUAGUGUUGGCACAGGCUACAAAAAAAGGUCACAUGCCAUUGGCGACAUUGUAUGAUAAAUUGGAAACACAGUUACGAGCUCUGGAAUCGCUUGGCGUUAAAAGUGAUAUUUAUGCCGCCAUGCUUUACCCAUUAGUAGAAUCAGCUCUUCCAGAGGAUCUUUUGAAGGCGUGGGAGAGAUCUCGAUCAUCCGGAGAAACAAAUGCUAGCACAGAAAAUCUUACAAAAUUAUUGAAAUUUCUCAGAAUUGAAGUUGAAAGUGAGGAACGCCUGCAAAUAGCUCGUAGUGGAUUCGGUAGCCAAGGAAGUUUUGAUGUAGUUCCACCAACUGCCGCUUGUAUAUAUUCUGGUGAUUCAAGGAAUAACACGAGUGAUUUCAAAAAGCUUAAAUGUAUAUGGUGUGACAAGGAUUCACAUAGCUCAGUGGAAUGUUUCAAAAGACAUUUGACAGUAAUGUGUUGGAACAUAAAAAAUGGUGAAAACCAAGGUCAAACAAAGUCAAGUACUAAAGGAAAAAAUGAUGAAAAUAGCAGUAGUUCUAAAACUCUUGUUAAUCAACAAAAGGGUGAAACGUUGAUGCAAACACUGAUAGUAAAAGUUGAGGGCAUAGAUAAAACAGAUAGACUCGCAAGAGUUUUGAUUGAUUCCGGUUCCCAAAGGUCCUAUAUAAAAACAGAGGGGGUAAAAAAGCUAAAUUUGCCAAUAGUUGGAGAAGAAAUUUUAAACCAUGCAUUGUUUGGCGGAAUAGAAACUGGUCAGGAAAAACACAGUGUCUAUGAUGUCAAUAUAAAAUCCCUAGAUGGUCAAUUCAAAAUUACAUGUCCAAUGUUAGCCCAGACAAAGAUAUGCAAUUUCGUACCGAGAUUAAAGAAUCAAAACAUUUAUCCCAUUCUACAGCAAAAAUCAAUUAACUUAUCAGACGUUGGGGACAAUCCUUUAGAAAUUAAAGUGUUAUUAGGUGCGGAUGUAUUGCCUCAAAUUCUCACGGGUAAAAUUGAAAAAUUGGAUGAAAAUAUUAUGGCUAUUGAAACUCGGCUUGGGUGGACAAUAAUGGGUCAACAAAAUGGAGAAGAAAAAACAAACACUACUUUAAGCUUAUUCUGCCAACCCAGCAUUGAAGACCUUUGGAGCUUGGAGACUAUUGGAAUACGAGAUCCAGCCGAAGCUAAAGCAACAAAAAUGAAGGUGAAGAAGAAGAGAAAGAGAAAGAAGGCUCAACUUGUACAGCGUGGUAAAGAAUCAAAUAACAAUUUAAAAGAAGGAGACGUGGUGCUUAUUGGCGAUGAUAAUGUCAAAAGAAUAAAUUGGCCUUUAGCAGUUGUCUUAGAGUUAUAUCCCGGCAAAGAUGGCAUAUCAAGAGCUGCGAAAUUGAAAACAAUCCAUGGAGAGAAAAUAAGACCCUUACCAAAGCUGUUUCCCUUGGAAAUUUCGCCUGAAGAAACAGAUUUUUACAAACCGAAAUCAGCAGUCCCUAUUUCCGAAGGAAUACGGGAGAAUAUUACUCGUUAUGGAAGAAAGAUAAAAAUACCAAAUAAACUGGACUUGUGA